GUCCAGCCGGUGGCACUGCUACUUGUAAAUCGCUGCAUCGAGUCACCACAGAAGAAGACGCAGCUGCUGGAUGUCUGGGACGAUGGCGGCCACCUUGACAAGAAACUUGGUAACAUUGGUGAAGGGCCUGGGAGGUUCCCGAUGGCCGCAGCUGGUGUCUCGACCCCUGAGUGUGUCUGCAGGUCUCUGUAGCUCAGAGAACCCGCCACCUCGUGCAGAUAGUACCUUCAAAGUCACAAUGGUUCCAGGGGAUGGAGUGGGACCUGAGCUGAUGAUGGCUGUCAAGGAUGUUUUUAAGGCAGGUGAUAUCCCUGUUGAGUUUGACGAGUUCCAUUUGAGUGAAGUGCAAAACAUGGCCAGCGAUGAGAAACUGGAGCAAGUGUUGACUUCAAUGAGGAACAACAAAGUAGCUAUCAAAGGGAAGAUUCACACACCCAUGGAGUACAAAGGGGAGCUGGCUUCAUUUGAAAUGAAACUAAGACGCAAACUGGACCUGUUUGCUAAUGUGGUUCACGUGAACAGCUUGCCCGGCUACAGCACUCGACACAACAACCUGGACCUCGUCAUCAUCCGCGAGCAAACGGAGGGGGAGUACAGCUCCCUGGAGCAUGAGAGUGUGACAGGUGUGAUUGAAUGCUUGAAGAUUAUCACCAGAGAGAAGUCACGACGCAUCGCCAAGUUUGCCUUCGACUACGCCACCAAGAAGGGCCGAAACAAGGUCACAGCUGUUCACAAAGCAAAUAUCAUGAAGUUAGGAGAUGGCCUGUUUCUGCAGAGUUGUGCCGAGGUGGCUCAGCUGUAUCCCAAAAUCAAAUACGAGAACAUCAUAAUUGAUAACUGCUGUAUGCAGCUGGUCCAAAAUCCCUACCAGUUUGACGUACUGGUGAUGCCCAACCUGUACGGAAACAUCAUCGAUAAUUUAGCAGCAGGACUCGUCGGAGGAGCGGGAGUUGUUCCAGGAGAAAGUUACAGCGCUGAAUAUGCUGUUUUUGAGACUGGAGCACGGCACCCUUUUGCCCAAGCUGUAGGAAGGAACAUCGCCAAUCCUACAGCUAUGCUGCUCAGUGCUGCUAAUAUGCUUCGACACCUCAAUCUGGAGUACCACUCCCAAAUGGUUUCAGAUGCUGUCAAGAGGGUCGUCAAACAGGGAAAGGUGCGGACACGAGACCUUGGCGGUUACUCUACCACUGGUGACUUAGUGAAUGCGGUUGUGGACAACCUGCGUCACAAACCUGUUCAUUAGGACGUUUCAUCCCACUCCUCACUGGCGCCGCCUUAAAUCUGGACUCUGAUCUUAACAUGACCCAAACACAUGUUAAGAUGAAACACCCCUCCUCUACAUUGAGUGAUAUCUGUGACAUCCUUUUGUUUAUACUGGACCUGCCGAUAGAUCUGGUGGAAGAAGGUGGUUUUUUUGAAAAAGAAAAAAAAAAACAAGUGAAAGUUCUCCACACAGCCUAGUUUUGUCCCACCCCCAUCUGCAUUCCUUUAUUUUGUUUCUCAGGUUUCACUUUUAAGAUCCUCAUUUCACUGCCGCUGGGGGACUUUUUCCAGUGAUGGUUCAGUUUUUUCUCCCCAGACUUCUGGUCAGAAUGAUCUCAGUUUGGACGCUAGUGUAGUUAUACUAAUGGAUGAGCUGAUCAGCUCAACUGUUAAAAGGAAAUUUACAGUUCAGUGUUUUAUGUUGCAUCACUUUUACACCGUUAUGACUUUCUAAGGUAUUUUGACCAAACAGCAUCCUCGCUACAUACAUGAUGACAUACUCUGCCUCUAAUCAGCUGUGCAUCAUCUUAGGGUUCUUUUUUACUUUUCCAAAGGUUUAAUGUGUGUGUGUGUGUGUGUGUGGUUUUUCAGUAUAUUUCUCUUUUUUUAAAUCCGUUUUUGUUUGAAUGCAGUUUGAUUGUUUUUUGAUGCAAAGCCAUAAAUUAAAUAUUAGUUCAACAUAAAUAAAAAGUUUUUUAGAUCAUUUUGCAUGUCAGAAAGCCCUUCUUAUUCUCCAGAUCUACGCUGUGCUGACGGCAAGUAAAACACUGAUCUAACUACAAGUUCUACCUUUUACACACUGUUAAAAACGCGCCGCCCUGGUCAUUUCAUCGGUUUACGUACUUUUGUUCAACGUUGACUAAAUCAAAGUUUUAUACUUUCUAAAAUUUCAACUAAAUGUUUUUGUUUUAAGUUAAAACCCAGCACAUGGUUCAAAUCAGUGCUGAGAUUUACUGUUAAAGCAUUUCUGUCAUUUAUCAUUGCCGGUCUGUCUGGUUCUUCUAAAGCCAGUUCACGGUUAGAUGAUCUGGCUACUUGUGCAUCUAGAUUAGAUUUCUACAGAUUCUCAUCUUCAAUGCUCAUGUAAAAGAGUGACGACAGGACACUGAAAUCCUCUGCCUUAUGAAAAGCUUCAGUGCACCUGACCCAGACUGGUAUGAAUAGAACCUGCAUUCAGAGUUCCCUUCAACUCACACAUCCAGUUUCCAUGAAUCUGACCUAAAAUGCAGCAUCCGUGUUCUUGUUAUUGACUAAAACAACUGUCAUGUGUUAAAAAAAUGUUGAAAUACAUUUUUGAGCAAUUCAAGGAAACAGUUUAAAUUUUCAUGGUGGAUUUGUCAAACUGUUUGUCUUCAUAAUAUAUUAAAGGCGACAUAUUCUGCUUAACACA